GCUCCCCCUCCUCCCAGCCAGGCUGUGAAUGAAGCUCUGCCGGGUACGUGGGGCGCUAGCUCAACUUGGUGUUCUGGACGCCAGAGCCGCCUGUGCGCUCGGCCCGCCGAGUGCGGGCUCCGCCGCUCCUGACCUCGGCGACAGGUUUGGGGCUUGAGUCUCUGGCAGAAAGUAAGACCACACAGUUGCUGUUCCAUCUACAUUCUAUUGAAGCCUCCCUACAAAACUGGGGGGCUCUGGGAAACUCAGCCUGUGACCCCAACGUGGAAGAGGGUAGGAUCAACAUGGCCAUGUGGCAGGUUGGGACUUUCAGUAAGAGGCUGAAGAGGAGUGGAGCCAUGGAUAACAGAGGCUUUCAGCAGGGGAGUUUCAAUAACUUUCGGAGCAGCUCCAGUGAUGAAGACUUGAUGGACAUACCAGGGACAGCUAUGGAUUUCUCCAUGAGAGAUGAUGUUCCUCCCUUAGAUGGAGAAAUGGAAGAGGACAAGUCAUACAAUGGUGGAGGACUAGGUUCUUCAAAUAGGAUGAUGGACUUCUUGGAGGAGCCAAUCCCUGGUGUGGGGACCUAUGAUGAUUUCAAUACAAUUGACUGGGUGAGAGAGAAGUCUCGGGACCGGGAUAGGCACCGAGAGAUUACCAAUAAAAGCAAAGAGUCAACAUGGGCCUUAAUUCACAGUGUGAGUGAUGCUUUUUCUGGCUGGUUGUUGAUGCUACUUAUUGGGCUUUUAUCAGGUUCUCUAGCUGGCUUGAUAGACAUCUCUGCUCAUUGGAUGACAGACUUAAAAGAAGGUAUAUGCACAGGAGGAUUGUGGUUUAACCAUGAACACUGUUGCUGGAACUCCAAGAAUGUCACCUUUGAAGAAAAAGACAAAUGCCCAGAAUGGAAUAGCUGGUCCCAGCUUCUCAUCAGCACGGAUGAGGGAGCCUUUGCCUACAUAGUCAAUUAUUUCAUGUACGUCCUCUGGGCUCUCCUAUUUGCCUUCCUUGCCGUAUCUCUUGUCAAAGUGUUCGCGCCUUAUGCUUGUGGCUCCGGAAUCCCUGAGAUAAAAACUAUCUUGAGUGGUUUCAUUAUUAGGGGCUAUUUGGGGAAGUGGACCCUGAUUAUCAAAACCAUCACAUUGGUGCUGGCAGUGUCAUCUGGCUUGAGCCUGGGCAAAGAGGGCCCCCUAGUGCAUGUGGCUUGCUGCUGUGGAAACAUUCUGUGCCACUGCUUCAACAAAUACAGGAAGAACGAAGCCAAGCGCAGAGAGGUUUUGUCGGCUGCAGCAGCAGCUGGUGUAUCUGUCGCCUUCGGGGCACCUAUUGGCGGAGUAUUAUUCAGCCUAGAAGAGGUCAGCUACUAUUUUCCCCUCAAAACUUUGUGGCGUUCGUUCUUUGCUGCCUUGGUGGCAGCAUUUACUCUACGUUCCAUCAAUCCGUUUGGGAACAGCCGCCUGGUUCUAUUUUAUGUGGAGUUUCAUACCCCGUGGCAUCUCUUUGAGCUUGUGCCAUUCAUUCUACUGGGCAUAUUUGGCGGUCUGUGGGGAGCUUUGUUUAUCCGCACAAACAUUGCCUGGUGUCGGAAGCGUAAGACCACCCAGUUGGGCAAGUAUCCUGUCAUAGAGGUACUCGUCGUGACAGCUAUCACUGCCAUCCUGGCUUUCCCCAAUGAAUACACCCGAAUGAGCACAAGUGAGCUCAUUUCUGAGCUGUUUAAUGACUGUGGCCUUCUGGACUCCUCCCAGCUCUGUGAUUAUGAGAACCGGUUCAACACAAGCAAGGGGGAUGAACUGCCUGACAGACCGGCUGGUGUGGGAGUCUACCGUGCCAUGUGGCAGCUGGCCUUGACACUCAUAAUGAAAAUUGUCAUUACUAUAUUCACCUUUGGCAUGAAGGUCCCUUCUGGCCUUUUUAUCCCUAGCAUGGCUGUUGGUGCUAUAGCAGGUCGGCUUUUAGGAGUAGGAAUGGAACAACUGGCUUAUUACCACCAUGACUGGGCCAUCUUCAAUAGCUGGUGUAGCCAAGGAGCUGAUUGUAUCACCCCUGGCCUUUAUGCAAUGGUUGGGGCUGCAGCCUGCUUAGGUGGGGUGACUCGGAUGACUGUUUCUCUUGUUGUCAUAAUGUUUGAACUAACUGGUGGCUUGGAAUACAUUGUGCCUCUGAUGGCUGCAGCAAUGACAAGCAAGUGGGUGGCAGAUGCUCUUGGGAGGGAGGGCAUCUAUGAUGCCCACAUCCGUCUCAAUGGAUAUCCCUUUCUUGAAGCCAAAGAAGAGUUUGCUCAUAAGACCCUGGCAAUGGAUGUGAUGAAACCCCGGAGAAAUGAUCCGUUGUUGACUGUCCUUACUCAGGACAGUAUGACUGUGGAAGAUGUCGAGACCAUAAUCACUGAAACCACUUACAGUGGCUUCCCAGUAGUGGUAUCCCGGGAGUCCCAAAGACUUGUGGGGUUUGUCCUCCGAAGAGAUCUCAUUAUUUCAAUUGAAAAUGCUCGGAAAAAACAAGAUGGAGUUGUGAGCACGUCCAUCAUUUAUUUCACUGAGCAUUCUCCUCCGAUGCCACCAUACACUCCACCCACCCUAAAGCUUCGGAACAUCCUGGAUCUCAGCCCCUUCACUGUGACUGACCUUACCCCCAUGGAGAUCGUCGUGGAUAUCUUCCGCAAGCUGGGACUGCGGCAGUGCCUGGUUACACACAAUGGGAGAUUGCUUGGAAUCAUUACCAAGAAGGAUGUGUUAAAGCACAUAGCACAGAUGGCAAACCAAGAUCCGGAUUCCAUUCUCUUCAACUAGAAUCACAGGGUUGUGCUGGAUACAAAACAGGAAGGACAUUGCAGACUAUGGAUAUGUUUUAUUAACUGGGUACCCAAAACACAUUUCCCAUAUUGGAUGGUAAAGUUAUAGUAGUGUUUUGUCUCUUUCCUACAGGUUAACCAGUUGCACUACAUAAUAAUCUCUGGAAAUUAAUCUUCUGUUUAGGAGAAAAUGCAGUUAGGCUUCUGUGGUAUUGCAUUAGGAAGAUUUCAUGAAAGAGUAAACAAGAUUGCUAUGGUUUAAUUGUUUUUCUUUUUCUUAAAGAUUUUUUUUUAAUUUAAAACAUAAUUGUUAGCCAAUAUGCAAUCACUGAAAACUAUGCAAGAAAAAUCCCAACCAUCCUGACUGAUAGCCUGCAGGAAACUCAUGAAAAGGUCACUUUUUUGGACUCUUAACUGUCAUUGGUGGAAGAUGAAGUGUAAACUAAGGGGCUUUACUUUUCCAACCACAGAAAAGAAAGCCAGAAGGAAAAUAGUAAUGGUAUUUUCCAGACUGUGAAAAUUCAGUUCAAAUGCUAUCUUGUUGCUGUUACAAUAUUUAGCAUUAUUAGUUUUUUGUGUGUGUAUGUGUAUGUUAAUUUUAAUACCUGAUUAUAAGACAAUGCUGCUUUGGUUAGUCUCCUCUAAAUGAAUUUAAAGAGGUUGAUUUUAUAGCUUGCUUGUUCCUGGUACUCUUUUGAAGUGCACAAAGAUAAGUUAUAGAGCUUUCUCCUUGUCUGCAAGAAGGGUAAUUUUCCAGAUGGCGUUUGUUAGCUAGUAGACAAGGACUUUGCCAUGAAUUCGUUAGUUGCAAGGAAAGAUUUCUCCAGCUUCCUUGAAAUGAAUGACUAGUGAAGUUCUAAGCAAAGUCAAUGACUAGGAAUUUCACAUUUUGUGAGGUCCUAACUAAUCCUCUUACCCAGAUGCCACCUCCAUGAGUGAUGGUGCUUUAGGCUUCUGGAAUAUGUAACAAUAGUAAAGGGAACCAAGUCUUGACUACAUACCAGGGAAGAUUCCAAGCUAUAUGUGCAUUUUCAUGCAUUCCUUUGUAAAGACCACCAGUACUAAAAUAACUGGACACUCAUGCCUCCUCCCAAUGUUAUGUACGUAGAACAGGCCAGUGUUGUCCCCGUGAACAUGAAUUUAGGCUCGGGGUACUUUCAAUUAUAUUCAAGGCAUUGGAACAGGUUAGGCAGCUGUGACUCCCUUGAGGCUCCUUAGAAUUCUAAAUAAAAUGCAGAGCCAUCCUAAGACCCAGGGGUGUGGACAAGGCCUGGUGACACCAAAAGUGCUUGUAUCCAAUUGAAAAGGUGCCUGUCUCAAUUUCCUACCACCUUAACUGCAGUAGAAAACAUCACAGUCUAAGGAUACCUGGUGGAAUUACAGAGCCACCACCAUCAUUCCCACCGCUGUUUCAUUUUCUACAGCUUCACCCACCUGCAGUUGUUCCCCCUCUAUUAUUUGCCCCUUCCCACUCCUCAGCCCCGAGUCCUCUCUUUGGAAUCGAGCACUCUGCCUGGUUAAUCAUUCCUAUUACAAAAAAUAACUCCCAGGGCUAGUUAAAUUGUAAACCAAGCCUCAGCAAUCUUAUGGCACGUGGACCAGUGGUAACGCACAGCCAUUUGCUUUGCUCUGUAGCCCAGUCACUGCUGCCAUGCCUCAAUUUCCACACAGAUGCCCACAGCAGUGAGACUUAACUGCCAGGGGUGAGAGUUCAUUCAGCCUUUCCCAUUUUACAAGGCUGUUCCCAGCACUUCCCUCCAUCCUUCCUGCCUAGAAUCAGCAGUCAAGUCAGCAUAUCCUCCCCAUCCUCUCACCUCCCCUCCCCAGACACCUCAGUAUACCUCAUUUAAAAGCUAUUGUUCCAAGAUUCUAGGAUUUUUUGCCCCAAGUUCUUUCCAAAAUCUGAAAUUAUUUCAUUGCCCAGAACUGGGUAGCCAAGGCUUAUUUUGACUUUUAUCUUUAAAAUAUCAAGGCAGUCAAAAAAGGCAGUUAAAAAGAGUUUCUCCUUUUAAGUAUAUCACUCUAGCAUUUUAAUGAAAGAGAAAAAAACUAGGUUAAUUAUCUGAUAGUAAUGAUUCAGUAACUUUACAUCUUUUGUCCCUUCCAUGCCACUGGUUUCCCUCACAUGAGAUGUGGUGAUUUUAACUGACCACCCCUGUAUUUUGUGUAGAAAUCAAAGUUCUCAUCUGUAUAUUUCUGGUUCACUAUCUAUCUUUUCGUGUUAGCCAUCCAACUAAAGUUUGCAAAACAGGAAAUGUUUGUAUUUCUGGUAUUCAAUGACAGUGAAAGAUUUGGUUGCAUUUCGUAGUGCAGCAGCGAUAAUGGAGGGUGUCUAAGUUUGUCUUUGUGUUUCUUCUAGGCUCUGUUUUUGAUUUUAGAUAGAUGAGCCAGUGUUAAGGUGCUACUUCAGAGAAUAAAUUCAAGAAAUCAGAUAACACUGUGCCAAGCUAUACUUUCUAGAUGCUAAGCACCGAUGGGCCCUCCAGAGAAUAAUAUCCCUUUGAUACCUCACUCGUGAUAAAUCUCAUUCAUUAACCUCAGCUUCUCAGGAAUCCUUGUAACUCAUAUGCUAGAAGUAGCUGUAGUGUAUGGUAUCCAUUAUAUGUCUAAUCCUAUGGUUUGGCUCAACGGUUGGCUAAUUGUGGCUAGAGCUCCCUGCUAGACUGCUAGCUCAGCACCUUAACACUCAGAGUUUCUUGUUUUGAGGCAAAGGAAAAUGUUCUUUCUGACAUUGCCAAGUCAGCAGUUGAACAUACUUAACCAACAAACAAAGCCCACGAAGGGAGGUCUGUCAGCAGCCUCAAAUGGCCACAUACCUCAAUGGCAAAAGACUAGAUAAUCUGUGAUUUAGAAAUGAAUAUGAGUUGAGACUGGUCUGUUUUGGUAUUAAAAAAAGAAAAUUGCCUGACACAAGGGAAGGAUUUACAAAAGAAUGCUAGUAAGUGCUUCAAGAGAGUUAGGAUUUUCCAAGGAAAAAUAUCUGGCAGACAUCCAGCCAUGAAAGGAGUGAGAGUCUAUAGAUUUGUAAAAGUCUGCUGUAUUUUGCAUUUGCAGAUCUUCAAUGUAAAGAAUUAAAGAAGCCAAAGCAGUUAGUGGAUAAUUAGUUCUACCAUUGGAAGGAAGAAGCAAGGGACUGGAAAUGUAAAA